AUGACAAAAGUACUUGACAUAGCAACACCUUUUGCAAAUCUUCCUGUUGUGCCUGCAUGCCUACAUUCACCUGCAGAACCGGCACCCGGUUUGAUUCUGCUGAGCGAACAACUAAACAUUUCGCCCUCAAUUGAAGCAGAAGCGGAUGAAUUAUGUCAGGAUGGAUUCACGGUAUUGGUUCCCGAUCUUUCAGAAAUCAGUGGACAAGACAAAAUCAUGCUAUAUUUAUCUUGCGCAUUUGAAGUCUUGGAAGACGUUGUCGGCAAAUGCGGCGUUGGGAUUAUUGGGAAAGGAAUCGGUGCAGACUACGCUCUCGAGUUUGCUUCUUGCAAGAGACUGUUGUGUGGUGUUGGAUAUCUACCUACCAACGAUUCGAUUGUUGAAAAACGGAUAGAAGACGUUUCCAUACCAUUCGCACUUCAUCUUUCGCAAUCAGCUCCGCAACGGUUACUUGAUCAUUGCAAAUCUUUGAGUCACGUCAAGGUUUAUACAUAUCCAUUGGCAAAAUCAGAGGAUCCUGACACGGAAACGCUCUUGCUAGAUCAAGCUCAUAAAGAUCUCGCAUAUAAUCGAUCGCUGAGUUUGUUAAAGACGGCCACGAGAAAGAAAUACGACCUGUCGCUGCUGUGGGAUCAACAUUGUCAUUUUGAAUUUGAGGAGAAGGAUGUCAAAAAGACCUUGGAGACUAUGGUUGAUGAACCAUAUGUAAAUCAUAUUCCAACGAUGACCGGUGGCAGUGGCAAGAAGGCCUUGACUGAAUUUUACACCCAUCACUUUAUUCCCUGUAACCCGCCGUCGACCAAAAUAACACCCAUCACUCGCUCGGUAACGCCCACUCGCGUGGUGGACGAGUUUAUCUUUUCCUUUACUCACACUUGCGAAAUGGACUGGAUGCUUCCAGGCAUUGCUCCUACCAACAAACAUGUAGAAAUUCCAAUGGUGGCGAUAGUUGAAUUUCAUGGAGAUAAAAUCGCGUGCGAACGUAUAUAUUGGGAUCAGGCGAGUGUUUUGGCGCAAUUGGGAAUAAUAGAAAAGAUUGACAAGGUAAUCCGUGGGCGGGAGCAGGCGGAUAAGGUCGUAGAGAAUAUUAGCAGUCGUGCAAACAAGUACGAGGAAGGCCGAGGAAGAAUGAAGAAAAAGCAUGAGCAAGUAGGGUAG